AUGACUAGAUCUCGUAUAAAUGGAAAUUUUAUUGAUAAGACCUUUUCGAUUGUAGCCAAUAUAUUAUUACGAAUAAUUCCGACAACUUCUGGAGAAAAAGAGGCAUUCAGUUAUUACCGAGAUGGUAUGUCGGCUCAAUCUGAAGGAAAUUAUGCGGAAGCUUUAGAGAAUUAUUAUGAGGCUAUGCGACUGGAAAUUGAUCCCUAUGAUCGAAGUUAUAUACUUUAUAAUAUAGGCCUUAUCCACACAAGUAACGGAGAACAUACGAAAGCGUUGGAAUACUAUUUUCGGGCACUCGAACGAAACCCGUUUUUACCUCAAGCUUUUAACAAUAUGGCCGUGAUCUGUCAUUACCGUGGAGAACAGGCCAUUCGACAGGGAGAUUCUGAAAUUGCCGAAUCUUGGUUUGAUCAAGCUGCUGAAUAUUGGAAACAAGCUAUAGCGCUUACCCCCGGUAAUUAUAUUGAAGCACAGAAUUGGUUGAAGAUCACAGGGCGUUUUGAAUAA